UUUGUCCUCGGGUUAUUAUCAACGAUUACAAUUUAUUAUCAGAAUGACUUCCUUCUUGAUAUUUGUUUGUUUUAAUCUGGCUUUUUUCUCAGUGUCACAAGCAGCCGUCACUGUGGAUUGUGGUAAAAACUCGAUGUCUGUGCGAUGGGCUGAAACACAGUCGCAAGUUGAUCCGUAUUCUCUUCUUCUGGGAGACUGUUCUCCAACGCAAGUUACUAUCAAACCUUUUGGGACAGAAGCGGUGUUUAAUGCUGAAUUUGGGGCAUGCACUAUUAGGAGGCUGGUGACAGUAAGUCAGAUGUUAUUUGAGACUGAGAUCACAUCUACCACAACUUCAAAAGGGUCCUCUGUUUAUUACCCCGUUUCCUGUGCUUAUGACAGGCCAGAAGAUUGGGCACCUCCUCUGUAUGACCCUCUGCUUUUUCACACACAUGGACAAGGAGAUCUUAACUUCCACAUGGCGCUCAUGAUGGAUGACUUCAGCGCUGUGGCGACUUCCACAACGUUUUCACUAGGAUCAAUGAUCCCGAUCGCUGCUUCAGUAGAUCAGCAUUCCCAUCAGCCAUUGCUGCUGCUGCUGGAAGAAUGUGUGGCCUCCACAACACCAGAACUGGGUCCAGAUUCUCAAAUGUACCCACUUAUCACCAAUAAAGGGUGUUUGGUGGACAGUAAAAAGACAAACUCAAAAUUUCUGCCGAGGAGCCAGAUGUCUGAAAUCAGAUUAAGUCUUCAAGCCUUUAAGUUUGCCAUUGGAGAGGAUGUCUACAUUCACUGCGAGCUUGUUGCAUGGGACCCAAAAGACCUGGACGGUGGCAAAAAAGCUUGUCAGUAUGACAAGACCAACUCAAGAUGGAUGCUUUUUGAUGAUCCUUCCCAGAGUUCUCUCUGUAGCUGUUGUGACACUAACUGUCAAGGGAGAAAGAAAAGAGAAUUAGCAGCUGAAUCCCUAGAUUCGACGUAUGUGCUUGGGCCACUGGUUAUUGUCGAGAACUCCUGAAUGUCUCCUGUAAUAAAUUUAAAGGAUUGGUGCCUUCAAGCCACUGGAGAUGUAAGUCCUAAUGGUGGUGUACAACCUGGGCCUGUAAAACUGUUUUGCAGGAGGAUGGAAUAAAGUUUGUUAUAUAAUGGACGUUGCAUCUUAUUCAUAAUCCAACUUUCCCUGCAUCUGUGAAUAUUAAG